UUGAAUCUAUAAGUUUCAAUUUUGAAAUUCAUCGGGAAAAUAAGCUAAGGCGGACGGAAUACUUUGAGAAAUGAAAAUACAAUUGUUUUCCUUCUUUCUGUGCCAAGGUUUACCUUUCUUGAUUGUUGCAACGCCCCCCAUUUUUCGCGGUUUACCGACGUCGGUCAACGUCGGGGAGCAGGAAUACGCUAACCGCCUGAUUUACACGCUGACGGUCAGUGACGUCAACAAUGACAACUACGUGUGUAACGCAGCAGGUACCACCCCAACACCUGCGCGCGCAGAGACGGAGUUCAGAGUAUUGAUUGACCCUCAGACCGGACACUAUGGAGUCUACGCUCACAAUGGGUCGCCGGGAACUUCGGCGGCGCCCAAUGUUAUGUUUGAUUUUGCCGCGCAGUCCACUUACCAGAUCAACAUCCGGUGUACGGACUCUAACGGCGAGUUCCGGGAGGACAAGCUGGAGGUGGACGUGAUCCCGGGGGACAGGCUGGAGUUCACCCACUCCUCAGAUGUCGUGUCAGUUGAUGCGCAGACAGCUACAGCAAGUGAACUUAUUUACACUGUGUCAUCACGUGACCUUCUUAACCAUUCACCUUUGACCUAUACCCUGAUAUCGGUUCCAAGUACAAACAGUUUUGCCAUUGACUCAAGCAGUGGACAGGUGAGGACAACGCGGACCCUACUUGAUGAGACCCACACCCCGGUACACCUUUACAUCUCCGUCACAGACGGACUUAUCUCAGUCCAAACACUACUCAGUGUUGAUAUUCUCAAUUUAAACAGUCAGCCCAAUAUAACAAACCUGCCUGCCUCUGUAUCCGUCGACGAGGACAUCGCUGGAGGAACCGUCAUCUUCACUCUGACGUCACAAGACCUUGACCCCACUGACCCUUUGACCCAUUCUUUCAGCGUUAGUCCGAUUACUGCUCAAGGUCUAUUUUCCUUCGACUCUGCGAGUGGUCAGUUCAAACUGUCUGCUACUGGUAAACUUGAUUACGAGACUUUGUCUCGUUAUAAUGUGACUUUCAUGAUAUCGGAUGGUAAGACCACGACAGGACCCUAUUCACUGACCAUCAAUGUUCUCAAUGUAAAUGAGGAGUGCUACUUCGACAGACAAGUUUACUACAUCAGUGUGUUAGAAGGCAAGGCUGGGAGUCAGACCAUCAAUCCUAACUUUGUUGUAAGGGACUAUGACGGCAUUCAACCUUACUCUUUGUCCUUGAUGAACGGAAACAACAGCGAACGAUUCACCAUCGAUAGUACUUCCGGUGUGAUGACGUAUGCAGUGGAUUAUGACGUCGAUCAGAAUGCAAUGCCAUCCACUGUCCAGAUGACGGUUCAAUGCAGAGACUCGCUUGCUAAAACAGGAACUGCGCUUAUCGUCUUGACUAUUCGAGAUGCGAACGACAAUCCUCCCACUUUCUCUCAGGGUACGUACACGUUUUAUGCCGACCAGUUUACGGGCUUUGGGAACGCCAUUGGUCAGAUGACCGUGUCUGACAAAGACUCGGGCAGCAAUGCCGACUUCUCUUGCGGGGGGUCCCUGGCCAACAGUGCCAGUCAGACGAACACGUACUACACAGUGGGAACCGGAUGUGGAGUUUACUUUCUGUCCAGGACUGGCCUAUCAUAUGGCACAGCGAUUAGGUAUCUGGUAACGGCGACUGAUAAAGGAUCGCCUCCCUUGAGCUCCACUACCACAGUCAAUAUGAUAUAUAUAGAGACUACAACAACUACUCCCUCUACCACAACUACUACACUCCCCCCGAGUACGGGGCUGGACGCGGGUGCUGUGGCCGCCAUUGUUUUAGGGUCUCUGAUAGGGGCUUUCCUUCUGGGCACUCUCUUAUACUUCUUUUUAAGACUGUGUUACACCGGCGCGUGUGGAGGAUCCGCCCCGUGUGAUUUCAUGAACUGCUGCAGAAACAGGCGUCCUACGAUGGAAAAAGAUCCACGAAUAAGAGUUCAAAGUUCGAAAGCAGAAGAAAUGGAUUAUUGGAAAAACGAAAAAGGUGGCCAUACCAAAGAGAUAGAUACACGGUAUGGCCGGCGUGACUACCCAGACUUUCCACGAGCCACUGGAUCACAGAUGGAUAGAAUCUCACCCUCCAACAUCCCGGUUGAAUUUGGGUCACGUGGGAGAAUUUACCCAAUCACAGGUCAUCGUCUGCCAAUCAGCUAUUAUUGAUAUUCAGCUCUGUUGAUAUUUAUCAGAAACCGAUUUCUUUUUAAUAACACGCAUUUGUGUACUUAAGAACAAAAUGGAAUUAUUUUGUAAAUGGCAAUGUAUUAAAUAAAAGUAUCGCUUCAUGUAAACGAAUGUUUAAACAAAAUGAUUUGUGUAUGUAUACAAACUAUUAUAAAUAGCUGCACUUAGAAAUAAUAAAUGGAAUUCUUGUUUGAUUUUGAAUUACUCAAAAUAGAAAUAAGAUGCAACAUUUCAAGCAUUGGUCAACGUCUUCAAAAGAAAACUGCGUAUAUAUUUUAACAUGGAUGAUAUAUAUAAUUGCUAUUAAAUUAUUUAAAAGAUGUAA